AUGGCUAAGAACGAAAAAGGUGAGAACAAGGAGCAAAUCUUGGACGCUCCAAUGGAGUUUGUCAAGGAAGGAAGUCAAUUCUUGUCCAAGUGUAAGAAGCCAGACUUGAAGGAGUACACUAAGAUUGUCAAGGCUGUUGGUAUUGGUUUUGUUGCUGUUGGUGUUAUUGGUUACGCAAUCAAAUUGAUCCACAUUCCAAUCAGAUAUGUCAUUGUUUGA